AUGGAAAACGCCAUUGCCAUGAUGCGUGCUGCACCAUUCACACGGCGUGAACUCCGCGUGCUGGUGGCGGUUAUGGACCGACGCGUAGGCCGCGUUGGGCGUUUUAUCCCUAAUAGGGGCGAGCACAACGGCAACCUUCCCCAUCCCCUUCCCCAUCACCCUCACCCUCUCCUGACCAUUCAACCUCUCCACAACCCUCACCCUCUCAAAGCACCUCACCCUCUCUUGCCCAAACCCCCUCUCCACAAACCACACCCUCUCCACCCACCUCACCCUGUCAGGCCCCCUCCCCCUCUCCUGCCCAAACCCCCCCUCCGCAAACCACACACUCUCCAGCCACCUCCCCCUCUACAGCCCAAACACCCACUCCGCAAACCACACACUCUACAGCCACCUCACCCUCUCUUUCCCAAACCCCCCCCUCCGCAAACCACACACUCUCCAGCCACCUCACCCUCUCUUUCCCAAACCCCCCCUCCGCAAACCACACACUCUCCAGCCACCUCACCCUCUCUUUCCCAAACCCCCUCUGCGCAAACCACACACUCUCCAGCCACCUCACCCUCUCCACCCACCUCACCUUCAUUAACAAAAAACCCCUCUCCUGCCCAGGCCCACUCCAUUUCCCAAACCCCAUCACCAGCUCACACCUCCUCUCCAGAACAAUCCCACUCUUGGUCUAAAUUUCCCUCUCUGCCCACCUCCCCCUCUGUGUCCCCUAAACAAACCCCACCACCCUCACCCUAUCAAUCUGUACCUCGCUCUGAAAGCACCUCCCCCUUCCAUCCUCUCACCCAAUUGGACCCGCCUUCCCCCAUCCUGCCUUCUUCCCCCAUCCAGCACCCAUCCCCCAUCCAGCCUCCAUUCCCCAUCCAGCACCCAUCCCCCAUCCAGCCUCCAUUCCCCAUCCAGCACCCAUCCCCCAUCCAGCCUCCAUCACCCAGCCAGGAAAAUUCCCUGACAGAAUGGGCAGCAGAGGCCCCGGAGCCACUAGAGGGAGGUGGCCAAGUGGCAGAGGAGAAUGUUGCCAUUGGAGAUCCCACAAGCCUGGGAGCCAUCGUUGGCAGAAUGCAGGCGAAUGUGGAGGCCCUGUUGGCCGAAAUUAAGAAUUUGUCUGAUUUAAUUUAAAAAGCAAA